AUGAUCGGAUUACCUGACAACGACGACUGGUAUUCCACACCCAGGUCCUUCGUGGAAAAAUACAAGAAACCGCUACUUUAUGCUCUCGCAGUCAUAAUCACUUUGGGUACCAUUCUUAUCGUGUUCGCCAUCAUCCAUGCUCACCCUUCCCCCAGGGAACCUCUUUGCCCCAAGAUUGAACCCUUGGUCCCCACCUUUAACCGCUCCAUCGAUACCAUUCUCAACGACCCUACUUACAAGAAACAAUCCAUCCACAGAUUGUCAUCCGCCGUCAAGAUCCCUACUGUGGUCCAGGACAACAAUCCUUCCCCACACGAUGACCCAGAUUUCUACUACCAUUUCCAGGAAUUUCAAGAUUUCCUCAAGCUAACUUUCCCCUUGGUUCAUUCCCAAUUACACUUGCAAAAGGUCAACAAGUUUGGACUCCUAUACACAUGGCAGGGAUCCAACGACACUUUAGCACCUUUGCUGCUAAUGUCCCAUCAGGAUGUGGUCCCAGUCAAUGAAGCUACUUUAUCUGAAUGGGAAUACCCACCUUUCUCCGGUCAUUACGACCCUGAAACUGACUUCAUUUGGGGUCGUGGGUCCAACGACUGUAAGAAUCUAUUGAUUGCUCAAUUGGAAGCCAUUGAACAAUUGUUAGCUGAUGGAUAUGCGGCUCCGGAACGUACCCUUCUAUUGUCACUAGGUUUCGAUGAGGAAGCCAGUGGUAAUCAUGGUGCCAAACACCUUUCAGAAUUCAUUACUAAUAAAUAUGGUAACGACAGUUUGUAUGCUAUCUUGGAUGAAGGUGAAGGUAUCGUGGAAGUCGAUAAGGGUAUCUUUGUUGCCGCUCCAGUAGUCACAGAGAAGGGUUACGUGGAUGUUAUUGUCACUAUUAAUGGACAUGGGGGCCACUCCUCUAUCCCACCUGAUCAUACCACAAUUGGUAUUGCUGCUCAAUUAAUUGCUGCAUUGGAAGAUUCUCCUGCAUCAAAGGCAUUCCAAUUCCAUGAUGAUAACCCUGUGUAUGGAUUCUUGACAUGUACCGCUGAACAUUCUGAAUCCAUUUCCAAGAAAUCACGUAACAUUAUCCUAAACGCAAUUAAGAAAUCAAAGAAAACUUUACAGGCGCUCACUGAUUUCUUAGUAAAUGAUUCUAGAUUGAGAGACUUGAUCAGAACCACCACUGCAAUUGAUAAGAUUCAAGGUGGGGUUAAGGCAAACGCCUUACCUGAGGAUACCUCAUUUUUGAUCAAUCACAGAGUCGAUUUACAUUCCUCAGUGAAUAAGACUCUUCAAUCUGAUAUCGAUUUAAUUAAGGAUAUUGCCAAGAAAUUUAAUUACGGUGUUUCCUUCAUGGGUGAAACUUUAUUGGAAGAAACAGAAUUAGGAUCCAUCGACAUCAUUUUUGAAAGACCUUUGGAACCAGCUCCAUUAUCCCCUCAUAAGGGCCCAGUAUGGGAUAUAUUAACAGGGACUAUUCAAGACGUUUUCCAAAAUGGUGUACUAGAUGAAGAUGAAGACAUUUAUGUUACAACAAGUUUGUUCUCUGGUAACACAGAUACCAAAUAUUAUUGGAAUUUAUCCAAAAAUAUUUACAGAUUUAAUCCUUCUAUUAUUGAUGAAGACUUAGCAAAGACUUUACAUUCUGUUAAUGAACAUGUCGAUGUGCCAGGUCAUUUGUCUGCUGUAGCAUUCAUCUACGAAUAUAUCGUCAACGUCAAUCAAUAUGGGAAUUCUGAUUAG